AUGUUUAAAUCAUGACUGACAUGAUGUAACCUUUUACUUACAAAUACCAACCGAAGCUUCACGAGAUUGAAUUGACAAGGCUGAAGCUCAGCAGUCCCAAAGAGCAAGAUUUUAGUGGUUUUAGUCCUGUUCAACUUGAUGUCCGUUUCAAUUGCGACGAAAUAGUUGUUUGUAUCCUGUAUUUCAAAUCACUUGUACUUGUGACUAUAAAAUUACUCAAGUAAGAACUAACUUUUUUUUUUUUUUUAUAAAUGUCGAGCCUAUAUUUCGAACUUUAAUAUUUACGUGCUUUCUCUCGAUGAGGUGUUGCUUCUACGCUUGGAAAUAAUGAACUGCAUGAGACAAGAAUUUCGAAGCGUUUCCCCUCAAUGCCCCACACCUGAUGAGUCUGAGGUGCCGCUGGGGACAGCCAUGGAGACAGGAGCUACUCAGGGUAAUGGUAUAAAAACUGAGAAUAUGUCAUCGGAAGUAAUUGUCACCAAAGAAAUGGAGGAAGAAGAGCAGCUUCUGAGGGUGGAAGGAGAAAAGAAGGAGAAGGAAAUGAUAGUGAAGGCUCGACAGUCGUUGGAGAGAGAGACUCAUGAAAUGCGGUUCAAAAGACUACAACAUUUGCUUAAGAAGAGUAAUAUAUACUCCAAAUUUCUGCUGACUAAAAUGGAGCAACAACAGAAUGAGGAGAAAGUCAGGAAGGAAAAGCUUGAAAAGAAGGCCAAGAAAACUACAAACUGCACUGAGCCUGGAAAAGAUAAAAAGAAGAGACAAAGGGAGGAUGACUACAAAAUUGCUGAUAUCAUGUCCAAAGAAGAAAUCAUAUCACGGGCUAAGAAAGUAAAAGUGGAGGAAGCGGAACCUUCCCCUGCCCAGAAGAAACUUGAUGCCAAGGAUAUCGAGAACAUGAGUGAUUCCAAUGAAGAACUCAAGAAUCGUUUGGCUGAGACAGUGCGAGACAAUGUCAAACAUCUCCUUGACCCUGACAGAAAAGUGAAGGGAGAGCCAGUUCCUGCUCAACAGCCACAACUUUUCACUGGUGGGGUCAUGAGGUGGUACCAGAUCGAGGGUGUUGAAUGGCUUCGAAUGUUGUGGGAAAAUGGCAUCAAUGGGAUCCUGGCUGAUGAGAUGGGACUGGGUAAGACAAUCCAGUGCAUUGCACAUAUUGCCAUGAUGAUUGAAAAGAAGGUCAUGGGCCCAUUCUUGGUGGUGGCGCCACUCUCCACUUUGCCCAACUGGAUCAAUGAAUUCAAGCGCUUUACACCAGAGGUGUCUGUGCUGCUUUAUCAUGGCCCACAAACAGAGAGAGGCAAACUGCUGAAGCACAUACGCAGAUCCCAGGGGUCCCUCAGUAUGCUUCCUGUCGUCAUUACCUCAUUUGAGAUUGCCAUGAUCGAUCGAAAGUUCCUUCAGCGUUGUCAGUGGAAGUACUUGAUUGUGGAUGAAGGCCACAGAAUCAAAAACCUCAACUGUCGACUAGUGCAGGAGUUGAAGAUGCUACCCACUGACAACAAGCUGCUGCUCACUGGGACUCCACUGCAGAACAGCCUGGCUGAGCUCUGGUCCCUACUCAAUUUUCUCUUGCCAGAGGUCUUUGAUGACCUUAAGAGCUUUGAGUCUUGGUUUGAUAUUGACACACUUGGUGAGCCAGAAAGUGUGGUGGCUGCUGAGCGUGAAAGGAACAUCCUGAGCAUGUUGCACCAGAUUCUGACUCCAUUUUUGCUGAGGAGACUGAAGACUGAUGUGUCACUAGAGAUUCCUCCAAAGAAAGAGAUAAUUGUUUAUGCCCCUCUGACUGCAAAACAGGAGAAUUUCUACACUGCUAUUGUGAACAAGACCAUCGCCAAAUUGCUUGGUCACCAGAAGACUGAAGCACCUGUGAGUUUCACUUCGAGCGGAAGACCAAAGCGUUGUAGUCGAAAUUACAAUGAAGCUGAGGAUACACCAUUGGGCCUAGAGAAAUAUCUAGAAAAGGUCCAAAAGGAGCAGGAGCAGAGCUCCUUUCCAGUACUGAACAUCCAUUGCCCUCUGGAUGCUCAGAUUAACCUAAAGAUGCAGAAUAUUCUCAUGCUGCUAAAACGAUGCUGUAACCAUCCUUACCUGAUAGAAUAUCCCAUAGAUCCAGCCACACAAGAAUUCAAGAUCGAUGAGCAGCUGGUACAAUGUUCUGGGAAAUUUCUUAUACUGGACCGGCUUCUCCCUGCACUCAAGAAACGAAACCAUAAGGUCCUCCUCUUCAGUCAGAUGACCUCCAUCUUGGAUAUUGUAAUGGAUUACUGCUAUCUGCGUGGCUUCCAGUACAGUAGAUUGGAUGGCAGCAUGUCCUACAUUGAGAGGGAUGAAAAUAUGACCAAAUUUUCCAAAGACCCAGAAGUUUUCAUUUUCCUGUUGAGCACCAGAGCUGGAGGCCUUGGGAUCAACCUGACAGCUGCUGACACUGUCAUUAUUUUUGACAGUGACUGGAACCCCCAGGCAGAUCUGCAGGCUCAAGACCGCUGUCAUCGUAUUGGGCAAACCAAACCUGUGGUUGUGUAUCGUCUGGUUACAGCAAACACCAUCGACCAAAAGAUUCUGGAGAGAGCUUCAGCAAAGAGGAAGCUGGAACAGAUGAUCAUCCACAAGAAUAAGUUCAAAGGUGGCAGGGCAGAGCUGAACCAAACUAAAAGCUGCAUUGAUCUUGAUGAACUGAAGGAGCUGCUCCAAGCCAGAGGGACUGAGAAGGAAGUGAAAGCAUCAAAGGGGAAGGUGCUCAGCGAUAAAGAUCUGGAGUUUUUAUUGGACCGUAGUGACUUGCUCGAUAAGGAAAAGGGGACAGCGAGGAAAGAGAAGAUUGGCGUCUUCAGAGUUAUGGAGAAUGGUGAAUCCUCAGAGAUCACCUUGACUUAAAAAGAGCUGCUAUAAUCACCUUCAUAAUGUUCCCAGAGACGUAAUCUUAAGAUCAGGUGACCUCCAACAUGUUUAGACCUGGAAAAAUUACAUACAUACUGUAAAAAUAUGCUUUGCUGUUCAUUUUAUAUUUGAACUAAGAUUUACUGUAACUGCUUUGUUUGUACAUUUAAGUCUUUUUGUGAUAUUCCUGUUCAUGCAUUUCCUCACCUUUCUCCCAUACCUGUACUCUAUUCCAUCUGCCUCACUUUGUUCAUCUCAUGCUUCAGUACACUGAAAGCAAAGAAAAUAUACUUUCUGUGAAGUGUUGACACCUAAGGACACUAACCACAAGUAAAAGCCACAAUGGAGAUAUUUGCAUAUGUGAUAAAGGUUAUGUGUACAGUGACAAAAGUUACGCAACCAUAAGUUUUUCAAACUUCAGACUUUCUUUUUUGAUUUGGAAACCUUGUAGUGGUGCCCUCUGACUUGUAAAGCAUGGUUAAUGUUGAAACAAUGAAAAACACCUUUAUGCAAAUAACCCGUGUUGUUUGAUCCAUUUUUUAAAGGUUCAAUUAUAAGGAAAUUUCUUCCACGAUAUGCAUUUUUCCCCCUCUAAUAUAGAUCAGUUUGGGUAGAUUUUACUUGCAACUUGUCCAGUGACUUGCUGUUUUAGGUUUUUGUUUAUCCAGGAUUAAGAUUUAUAAUGCACCGUAUAGCAGCUUUAUUUCCGUUUUGGUCUUGCAGUUACUCUUUUCACAAAAGUUAGCAUAAUGAGGAACUACCUUAAUUGUGGUGAAAAUCUGUCUUUCUAAAACUGGAAUGGGUUUUGAGGGCCACAAUAAAGUGCUAACAGUUGUUCA